ACACACACACACAGUGUUUAACAGAUAGACACCCUAAGAAGGUCACAAAGAAACAGAUACACAGAGGGAGAAAGUAUUUCUUCAUGGGACAACAUGCGGGUCUGUGUGUUCAGGUUGCACACCCAUCAGUGGUGUUUCCUGCUCUGUAAUGUUGUGCUGUUCCACGCGUUAUUAUUUGGUGGUGACAUUGUGGAAGAGUUCCUACUCCAGGCUUCUCCAGCCGCUUAUACUGAACGUGCUGUACUUGAACUCCGCGAGCGCGCACGCAAACUGGACCUGAGCAGUACCAUGUCCAACUCCUCACAGAUUUACCCUAUUAGCUCCAAGGCCUGCCUUCAACACCAAGAUCUACUUUUUAUUACUAUUGUGUUUAGUGAUCCAGAUAAUUCCAGCGAGAGAGAUGCAAUCAGAAACUCGUGGGCCAACCAGACAUUGGUGCAGGACGUGGCAGUACGGACGCUGUUCUUUUUAAAACCUUCUACCUUGAAGACAGAGCAUCAAGAGGUGUGGGAAGAGUCUGCCCGUCAUGGCGACAUGGUACAGUGUGAAGGGCCUUUGUCACAAAAUGACUGGGGUCAGGUCAAACUAGCUCUGCGUUGGGUUCUGCUUUUCUGUCCUCAGGCCAGAUUUGUGGUUUUGGCAGAUGACUCAGUAUUUUUAAAUGUUCCAGCGCUUGGCAUGUACCUGCUUACGCUCCGUACCCACCCUGAUGAUCUGUACCUGGGCAGGGUCAUUCAUCAUGCCUCACCCGAACGAAAUUAUAACAAACCCCACUACGUCUCCUUCCAUCUCUAUCCAGACCGGACUUUCCCCGAUUACUGCUCUGGCCCUGCCUUCCUGAUGUCUCAGGACGUAGUGCGUAAAGUUUAUGUGGCCUCUAAGGAUGUAGAGCUGGCUCUUCCUUCAGAUGUCUUGAUUGGUCUGUGUGCAAGAGCAGUGGGCGUUGUGGCUACUCAUAGCGCACGCUUUUCUGGAGAACGACAUGUGCGCUACAACCCAUGCUGUUAUAACUUCCUGUUCACCUCAGCCUCAGUGGAUGCAGAGCUGAUGGGCAUGGCCUGGAGGGAUUUGGGCAAGGGAAAAGGGCGGUACUGCAGCAUGUUAGAAACCUAUUAUAGUUUGGUAGUAUGCAAGGCCAUGACCUACCUAAACAGUGUUAACUUUCUCAGUGGAAACAACACAAAAUAAUAUAAAUAUGUCCAUUUAAAUGUUUAUGUUUAAUAUAGCUUUUAGAAAAAUGUAUGUACAAACAUAUAACAUUUAUAAAAAAGGUAGCAAACGAAAAGUACCCGAUUUGUGAGAAGUGAAGUGAUCAUAGAUGAAUAUAACUGUAUGCCAUGAGAAAAAAAAUCCAAAUAGGUAUAUACAUAUAGAGAAUUUUACAUUAUUGUUCUAUGACAUAUUUUAUUCUGUUCUUAAAAACUGAGAAGAUUGUGAUGUUCAAUAUAACUAUUAUCAUAUUAUGUCACAUCGUAUCUAAUGUUGCAUCCUGUAGCCUCUAAACUAAUUCUUCACUAUUAGAUUAUCACUGAAUUGUGUGAAGCUUGGAAACCUAAAAUACAGAUAAAAAAAACACACAGAUCCUGAGAAAAUAAGUACAGGUAGGGUAUGUAAUUGCAUGUGCAUGUUUGAAGUUUUUGUUUAUAUAAAUACAUUAUAUGGCCAAAAGUGCAUCACACUAUAUGUGCUUUGUGAACAUCCCAUUUAAGAUGUAGUCUCCUGUUUGUUGUUAUAUGCUCCACUCUUCCAGGAUGUCUUAC